UCCAGGAGGAGGCAAUGCCGCAAGUCAGUGAGUUGAUGCAGUCACACAAGGCGGGACGUUCAAUCAACAGACCGCAACCACAGCUACGCAAAGUCUGUGGCGAAUUCCUGAGGUCACCGGCAACAGCGUGCAGUAAAUGAUGACGAUGACUCCUGCCCAGGUGUCGCCACAGUUUGUUCCUCCUUCACCUGCCAGGUGAGUUCAGCGCAUGCUGCUCUGGCUGCGCUGCGCAGACUCUGAGCCGACCGGGAAGCGCGGAGCGGACGCCGAGGGAGAGAGUGAAACAUUUCGCCGGAGGGAGCUCUGCGGCUCGGUUCUGCUCAUGGCAGGCUUCUAACACGUUUACGCACAAGAUGUUCUCCUUCCUGCGCUCAGCCAGGAACCCCCCGCCUGAGAACAUCUACAUAUCCUCCCUGCCGCCCAGUGUUCCCCUGGAUCCGGAUCCGGAACCGGAACCAGAGCUGUCGGGUCAACUAGAACAAGCAGAGGAUUCUGGGAAGAACCAGGAGAAAGCGGUAAUCCAGACCACGCACACUCACAGAGGAUCUUCUGCACCUUCGGUCUUCCUCCAGAACCACAGCAAUGACCCGGUUUCGAGUACGUACUUUGAGCAGAGGGUCCCUAUUCCUGAGGAGGACACUGAGAGAGCGUUCAGUCUGCGCAAACUCUGGGCCUUCACUGGACCCGGGUUUCUGAUGAGUAUUGCCUACCUGGACCCGGGAAACAUCGAGUCUGACCUGCAGUCAGGAGCUAAGGCUGGAUUUAAGCUGCUCUGGGUGCUGCUGGUGGCCACCAUCAUCGGCCUGCUGCUGCAGCGGCUGGCGGCCCGGCUGGGCGUGGUCACCGGGAUGCACCUGGCUGAAGUCUGCCACCGCCAGUACCCCACCGUGCCUCGAGUCAUCCUGUGGCUGAUGGUGGAGCUGGCGAUUAUCGGCUCCGACAUGCAGGAGGUGAUCGGCUGCGCCAUCGCUUUCAACCUCCUGUCGUCUGGCAGAAUCCCGCUCUGGGCCGGCGUGCUCAUCACGCUUAUCGACACCUUCUUCUUCCUCUUCCUGGAUAAGUACGGCCUGAGGAGGCUGGAAGCCUUUUUUGGUUUCCUUAUUACCAUUAUGGCCAUAACCUUUGGAUAUGAGUACGUGACGGUGGCUCCUGACCAAGGCCAGCUGCUGAAGGGGAUGUUCGUGCCCUACUGUGAGGGCUGUGGGCCCGUUCAGCUCACUCAGGCUGUCGGCGUCGUGGGCGCCGUCAUCAUGCCUCACAACAUUUACCUCCACUCUGCUCUCGUGAAGUCUCGAGAAGUGGAUCGCGCGAAGAAGAAAGACGUAAGAGAGGCUAACAAGUAUUUCUUCAUCGAGUCGGCCAUUGCCCUCUUCGUCUCCUUCCUCAUCAACGUGUUUGUGGUCGCCAUCUUUGCUGAGGCGUUCUACCAGCGCUCAAACAUCGAGGUGUAUAACGUCUGCAACCAGUCAGGCAGUCCUAAUUCCCACCUGUUCCCGCUGAACAACAAAACUCUGGAGGUUGAUAUCUACAAAGGGGGAGUGGUUCUGGGCUGCUUCUUCGGCCCAGCAGCGCUCUACAUAUGGGCCAUUGGGAUUCUAGCGGCCGGCCAGAGCUCCACCAUGACUGGAACGUACUCUGGCCAGUUUGUCAUGGAGGGUUUCCUGAACCUGCGCUGGUCACGUUUUGCUCGGGUGCUGCUGACCCGCUCGCUCGCCAUCAGCCCCACCCUGCUGGUGGCCAUUUUCCAGGAUGUGCGGCACCUGACGGGCAUGAACGACUUCCUCAACGUGCUCCAGAGCAUGCAGCUGCCCUUCGCCCUCGUCCCCAUCCUCACCUUCACCAGUCUGCCGUCUCUCAUGAACGACUUUGUCAACGGACUGGCGUGUAAGAUCGGAGGAGGGCUGGUGAUCCUGGUCGUGUGCGCCAUCAACAUGUACUUUGUGGUGGUCUACGUGACGGCGCUGGGCAGCGUGUGGCUCUACGUGCUGGCCGCCGUCUUCUCCGUAGCAUACCUCACGUUUGUGGGCUACUUGGUGUGGUUGUGUCUGAUAGCGCUGGGACUGUCCUGCCUGGAUCCGGGCGCCAGGAGAGGAAACGACACGACCGUCCUGAUAGACGAGCAGCCGGAGUUUGACUCCUGAGUCAAAGAGAACCGGAUCCCACGUAUCGGUCUAAAUCUGAAGUUUAUUGAUGCUUGAAUGGUGCUAAAGAUAUUUUUACUAAUCUGUGACCUAUAAUGUCUUUGAUAUUAUUUGUGUCUUUUUUUGUAACAUGAGUCAAGAAGUUGAAGGAGAGACAUUUUCCUGUAUUUCAGUGUGGCAGAAUGGGGGUCAGUCCCCUCCUAAAGCAGCUUUGACCCGUCGCUGCAUGGACUCCCCAUUUUAAGAAAGAUUUGGCAAAUAGCAACUUUUCCUUUUUAAUUAGGGCUAAAUUAUUAACGACAGGUUAAAUUCUUAUAAUUUAAAAUGUUAGGUGAAACACAAAGUGAUAAUUCUUUUUAAUAACCACUUCCUUUUUUUUUACAUUCUUUUUAAAUUCAUAGUAAAUAGGAACACAUCUAUUCAAGGAUGUUUUCUCAAAUGCAGAUUUUGGGGCACUUAAUUCUGAUUUGAAUUAAUUUAUUACAAUUGGCAAAAUAGAGCAAGUGUUUUCAAAGAA